AUGCCGCGUUGGGUGCUGCGUGCCUAUGGCCUGCGCUUGUCUGGGAUCGCCGCCCGGGCACAGAAGCAGUGGCUCUCGGACAAGCGGCGCGGCUUGGACUCUGCCCCGGAGGACAAGCUUCUGAAAGCUGAGGAAGAUUUCCGCGGUUACUACGAGGCGCAGGAAUUGUUCGGCGAGCCGGGCGCCGUGCAGCAGGAUGCCUUCUGGGCGGCCUUGCGCGCACCGCUGCCGGUGACGCUCAGGGUCCGAGAGCCCUGCGCGACCACGGAGGAGAAGUUGAGGAGUGGCGGCUGGAAGCGGCGCUGGGAGUUUGACAAAGCCGGCAUGUCAGUUUGGGAAAUGGACUCUCGACAGUACGCAGCUGACAGCGAGCAGCGGAGUUGGGCCGAGCGGGAGAACCGUCGAGGCCUCCUGUGCUUCCAGGAGCUGGUCUCUCUGGUGCCGGCCUUGCUUCUGUCUCCACAAGCCGGGGAGGUGUGCUUGGAUUUGUGCGCCGCGCCGGGGAACAAGUCCCUGCAGCUGCUGGAGGAGUUGGCCCAAAAUGGGCCUUCCGAAGGUGCAGUGCUGUCAGCUGACAAUGAUGCGCAGCGGUGUUGCCUCACGCUGCACCGUGUGCUGGGCAAGGCGGCCUCACCCAUGUCCUGCGCUGCGCUAGCGAACGCCGGGCAUUUCCCGGUCCUCGUGGAGGAGAGAGAUGGUGACCCAGAGCGGCUUCCGUGUUCAAAGGUCCUGGUGGACGUGCCGUGCAGUGGAGACGGCACCGCCCGGAAGAAUUCGCAGGUGUGGCGCUCCUGGUCGCGCCGAGAAGCGCUGGGCUUGCAGCGACUGCAGCGCCAGAUCCUGCUGCGGGCGCUGUACCUGCUGCCCCCGGGGGGAGUGGUGGUUUACUCCACCUGCUCGCUGAACCCCGUGGAGAACGAGGCGGUGGUGCUCAGCACGCUGCAGAAGUGGCAAAGUUCGCUGGGAGAAGGUCGGGGCAAGCUGCCAGUGGAGCUGCUGGAUGCUGUGGCCAUCUGCAGAGAAAAGUGUGGCUUGCAGCCAGCGCCUGGACUCUGCAGCUGGCAAGUUCCUGCGCCCCAGCGCGGUGGGCCGCUUUUCAACCAAUUCAGUGAGGUUCCGCCUGAGCUUUUGGAGGACGACCGUUACGCCCUGCGGCCAGAGAUGUUUGCAUCAGGCGCCACGCAGGACUUGGUGCGCUGCGCGCGCUUUCAUCCGCAGAGCAGCGACACCGGGGGCUUUUUUGUUGCAAUGUUUCAGAAAGCGCCGCAGACAAGCGCAGGACGCCCGGCCUAUUCCAUGCCCAGCUCACAGAUCGAGGGACGCGGCGCACAUCCGCUGCUCAGCUCCGAGUUCCGCCCGGUUUCUGUCGGCGACAGCGCUUGGAUGGAACUGACCCGGUUCUUUCAGCUGGAUCCUGCGUGGGUUCAGGACAAGCUGCAGCGUGGCCUCCUUUUCUGGCAGACCAUGAAGGGCAAGACGGAGCCGGAGCGGGUGACCCUUGCUCUGUCCAUGGCCCAGGCGGUGGCACGGCUGUGGGCUGCAAGGCCCAGUGAUGGUCGCAAGGUCGCUUGGGCUCGCUUGGGUGUGUUCCUCUUCGAGCAGCUGCCAAAGGGCCUGAUGAACGGCUUGGCACCUUGCCGCUGGCGAUUGCACGCAGAGGGAAUAUACCACCUCUCAUCGAUUCUGCGAAGCCGGCGGAUUACUUUGACGUCAGAGCUCUUGCGUCACCUCCUGUGCGCUGAUCAUCGGCAGUCCAUCUUGACGGAAGGGACGCCAUUGGCAAACGCGGUGGCGAGUGGCGCCGGGGGUGCUGAGACUGCUUACCAUCAUGUUUGCGGAGGUGUGAUCGUCGGGCUGGGGGAUUCUUGGCUGGCCGGAGUGGUGACUCCAAAGCAGCUUCGGAUCUUGGCCGACGACGACGUCGCGCAGGCUUUGCUCGAGGAGCUGCCGCAGCCAGUGCGUCAGCUGCCGUCGUGCUGGGCAGCAGUGGCCAAGAUCUGCAGGUUUGGGCAAGGUGUCUGA